ACGUAGCAUCCCUAGUUGCAUACAGGAAAUUGAAAUAUCAUCAAAAUAUGACAUUAUAAAACGCACCCAAUUAUUUUUAUUAAAAUAUAUUUGAUUAUUCAGUAUGGGAAGAGCAUUUAAUUUAUAUUAGUGAAUAAUACAUUGCUAGGAAAUGCCAAAUUCUAAAAGAAAUGACAUUUACAUUUGGUUAUUACGAGUCAUAUUAAACUCUCACUUGGAUUUGAUCGCGCUGCGCAACAAGUUACUUCGCAGAUUCAUUCGAAAUUUUGGUGAAGACUUCUCUCUAACGUAAUAUGCCGGAUUAAGUGUAAAAUUAAAGAUUUAUAUCAAGCCAUCAUGGCUUUGAGGUGUUUUUUCAUCUUUAUUUUUGUCAGCUAUUUAAAUACAGUGUCUCUUCAACCUAAGGUUGUGUAUAAACCAACUGAGUUUCCAUACUCAAAAUGUUCUGAAAAUGGUGCGAACGGAGUGAAUUGUGAAAAGCUUAAUAUGAGUUACGAAAGACAAGAGAAAGAGAGUGUGUGGCCACCAGGGCCAUACGCAAUACCAAUGUGCAAAUAUGGCUGUCCAGAAUCACAGUCUCGAGGAUGGUCAAAAAGCAUUUUAAAGGUCAAGAUGGUAGAAUUUAGUAAAAAUUCAGAAAGUGUCCCUACCGAUUUAGAUUGGAAUUGGGAGCCCUAUUCCUCGUAUAUAAACGAUGACUAUUUCAAACCGCCACAUCGUAUAGAAAAUUGGACGUUUUUUUAUUUUUGCGUGAAAUUCCGAAAUGACACUGCACUUGAUAAGGAAGAAUGGAUUCCAGGAAACUACAGCAUUUAUAAGGUCGGAUCUCCAUGUCCUAUGGAAUUUGAGGAAUCCACCAGAACUUUUCCUGUCACUGAAUUUGUGUCGCAUGGUCAAAUUCCAGAUAUUUUAGUGAGUGAAGAAGGGCAGUCGGAAAUGUUAUUUAACAUUAUUAACAUUUCAAUUUGUAAAAGAAAGAAUUUGGCUGACAUGGAAUACGUUCAUACAAAUGAAACAUUUAGAUUGUUGGAGACUGAUUUCAUUCUUGAAAAGGAGGCAGAUACAAAUUGCUCCAAAUUUAAUGUAUCAACGGUGUCUCAGGGAGCGCAUCACUGUUUCUAUAGCCCAGAAGAAAACCUUUUUUGUGGUCCACAUGAGUUCGCAUGUGUAGCAGCGCAUCGUUGUAUCCCGGAACAGAAACGCUGCGAUCGUAACAAUGACUGUAAUGACUGGGAGGAUGAAAUUGGCUGUGGUAAUUAA